AUGGAAGCGAAACCAGCGAAUUGUGAAAAUGCAGAUGCCCAAACUGCGGUCUCACUUGCCAAGCCAACAUCCUUAUCACAACCUUCGACCUCAGACAGUCGCACCUUCUCUAACGGUUCUGAAAUCUUACUGCUUCCACUAGCCGGACAGAUCGGUGAGUAUCGCUCUUUUCGUGGGAGACGGGGCUCCAUAUCUGCAGACAAUGAUUGGAGUCACAAUCCAUUCAAUGCACUAGAUUCACUCCUCUUGGAGAUGGAGACUGGAACGGAGGCAUCAAACAUGGAAGCACCUCAAGAGUAUCGAAAGUCCAUAUUCAGUCUAUCAGACAAAAGUAUGGUACCCAAAUCCGUCAAGCUUCGGAAGCUGCCCGAUCUGCAGUCAGUCAACCUUCGUGAUGACAGUUCAGGCAAUCACUCAGAUAUCAGCGCCCUUGACAUGAACGCGUCGCAAAUUACGAUUAGGCGGCUGGCCUCUACAGGGAACCUUAGUGCUCAACAUGAGUAUAGGGGAUCUUGUGGUUCUGCAUAUUCUUCAUCUAUCUACUCUGAACAGUCAGCCGAAAGUGAGGUGGAAAACGAAAACCGAGCAGGCUUCUCCACCCCUGGAAAUCAGUCUAGAAAUCCGAAUGCACAGGAAAUAUCUAAGGAUGACAUCCCAGAAGAGCAUACAAUCCUCCUUAAGGAUCACGCAUCAAAUGCAGAGCACAAUUUGCUGACUACAAAACCUUUACGACCCUCUCGUUCAACUAGCGAUAUUCUCAACAGAGACUCACGCACACUUCAAACCAAGACGUUUCUCCUUGAACAUAGCCCAAGCGAAUCGAUGACGCCCAGUCCGUCUUCCGUACAUCGAAGCGGCUUCUCGAAAAGUACUGUGAAGGAAGGUCGGUCGGAAACAGGCUCAGAGGCUUUCAAUCUGGAGAGCUCUGAUAGUAACUUGGAGUCAAAAAGAGUUGCUCCCCAUGCCGUGAAUGAGAAGGCCGCAAGACUGCUUGGACUUGGACAAAGACAGGACAGUCCAAAGUCUCCUGUUACCCCAACUGCUUCACAAUUCCCUGCGUCAAGACGCAACAGCAAUGAGCGAAGCUGGUCUUCUCCGAGAAUCAUUAGAAAGAUGGUUAGCAAAAUAUCUCUGACAACCCAGAAGACAUCACCUACUUCAGUGCUCUCUCCCACCACAUCAAGCAUCUCACGUCACGACAUCGAAAGCCCCACCAGUCACCUAGAGACUUUAUCAAUGCGCAAAAGCAGAAGCGUUGUCGACGGAAAAAUGGUAGGUGAUGCUAGGAGUACAUGUUUACAAGAGAUAGUAGAAGAGGCAUCAAACUCGUCAGCAGAUGACAUUACCAGCAAAUUAUUGUUAGCAAGCAACUCUAGCUCGAUUUCAAAGCGUCGCGGAUUUCGACCUCUCUCAGUCAAGAUUGGGGAAGCAUUCAGCCCUUUCAGCUCUGGACAAAGCAGAAUUGGUCAUGUUGACCAAGGUAGGAAAAUCGUGAGCUUGGCUGAAGAAUAUUCCCAAGAUAGCUGGAAAGGCCUCGAGCUUUCUGAGAAGGUUAAUUGGACUGAGAACCUGGAUCCGCACAUUUUCAAUGCGAAUUUCGUUGCUACCUUGACCUCAAAGCCUGCUGCGGAUAUUAAAGACCACCCAGCCUUUAGAGUGGACCCAUUCUCUGUACAGGCUUCCGAGACCACGCUCCAGUUCUCAACUUCAUCACAGUUGGCAUCGGUGUCCCAGGCUUCAUCUGAAUCGAAGUCGGUGAUAUCAGGCCAGACGUCAUUGCAUAGAAAUGGUCAGAACGUGGAAACUGUUCUGAUCGGCUUGGAUCUGGCAGACCACCAGUCGAGACGCAGUCAGACGACUGUGUCGCCAGAGACAGUCAAUGCAGCCAACGUGAUCCAGUCACCAGGCAGUAAUGCUGCCCCUCAUAAUUCUCUAUCAAGUCCCCCGCAGUCGAAGUCAGAGCAAGCGCUUGGUGCAAAUCGACGAGUACUAACGAACAACUCUCCCACUAACGGUAUUCGUGGGCUCCGAAACCAUGGUGACCUCCCUCCGUCGCCUUCCUUUGCCAGAUUCAACAGCAGGUCAAUCUCCGAAAAAGUUCCAAAGAUGCCCUCACUGUUUGGCAGUGGCUCUUUUUUUGAGGAAUCUGGUGAGGGAAAGCGCACUCGGGGCUUUUCGAAUUUGUUCAAGCCAAAGUCGACCAGUAAAAAUCACGGCAGAGGUGAAAACAAACACCAUUAA